UGGCUUAACAAGUACGCUAUAGCCCACGAAGUUGUGUUGCACGUUCGUAGCUAGACACGGGACAUAUAGGAGAUCGUGCCUUAUUCCGAUAGCGGAUUUAAUGCUGACUGUUGCUGAAAGAAAUACAAUGUAACAGUAGCCUAACUGAGUGGUUAUUUGUAACGUCGCCUAUGCUGCGGCUACUGUUGCAAUCUCAGCGUGUGGUCGUUUCAAGCUAGCUCACUCCACGCUCUGUUAUUUGGCAAGAUGAGGGUGAAGACGAGGCGACCGUAGACUUGGAAAAGUCUCCCGGAUUUUAAGAGAGUUCCGUUAUGUCCGGCCCGACCUGGCUGCCUCCGAGAACCCUAGGUAGCCCCGAGAGAGCCACGCCCCCCAUGUCGCACGGCGGACAGUCGUUUUACCGGGCCCAGAUGAAGGUCCUGGACCAGAGGCCCAAGUAUGGCGCCUAUGAGCAGAAUGGGGUCACAGGUGGAGGCGGAGGGGGACCCACCAGGUACAUCGCCACUGGACCCACAGGUGCCAUCAUGCAGCACCCUGAAGACCCCGGCUCUGCAGUUUUCCGCCCGUUGUCUCCUAAAUCUGGGGACCACUACUACGCCCCUUCCCACGGGCCCAAGGACGAUCGCAACACAUGGAACCCUCAUAUGGCAGGCUACGACCAUCAGGGCCGAGGACCGGAGAAGCACCACUCCAACAUAGACGCUGAGAUCGACUCGCUGACCUGCAUGCUCGCAGACCUGGACAGCCACCCACACAGCACAAGCACUCAGCUUUACGAUAAUGUGCCUUACAAUAAGCACCUCUCAGGGGAUCGCUACAAGCCCUCAGGCCCAGCAGGGGGUCACCCCCAGGGCCGUCCGUCCAUGGGCUACCCCCCUCACCCUCACCCUCACGCCCAGAGCCAGUACCACCCCGCGCCCCCGUACGCCGUCGACCACCAGGCCUCUGCGUACAGCACCCAGCUGGACUACUCCUACCCGUCCCCUUCCUCCACGUCCUCCUCCUCCUCUUCCUCCGCCGCCAACGCCGCCGCCGGCGCCGCUCACCACAAGCCGUACCCGCAGCCGGUGCCCGCGUCCUACACCACGGCGUCCACGCCCACCGGCCCGCGCUUCAGCGUCCAGGUGAAGACGGCGCAGCCGGUCACCACCUACUCGCAGACGGGCCGGCAGGCCGAGCAGGCGUACACGCCGCCGCCUCCGCCGCGCCAGCACGCCGUCUCCUCGUCCUCCUCGUCCUCCUCCCGGCCGCUGCCGCAGCAGGAGCACCACCACCGGCCGCCUUACCAGGACCACCUGCCCAUUCAGGCCCAGUCGCAGCCGCACCAGCACCACCAGCACCCGCAGCAGCAGCAGCACCCGCAGCAGCAGGGCUGGUACUCCAUGCCACCGCAGCAGGCCCAGGAGAUGCCGCCGGGGGUCCGAGCCAGCCAGGGGCCCCAGCCGCCCAAGAAGGGUGCGGAUGCUCCAGGGACGAUACAGAGUCCAGCGUAUCAUCAGCCUAGUAAGGGGGCUGUGCCAAGGCCUGAAGAAGAGUUGGAUCGUCUCACAAAGAAACUGGUUUAUGAUAUGAACCACCCCCCUACCGAGGAAUACUUUGGCCGAUGUGCACGAUGUGGGGACAACGUUCUCGGAGACGGGAGCGGGUGCAUUGCCAUGGAGCAGGUGUUCCACGUGGAGUGCUUCACCUGCAUCACCUGCCACGCCCGCCUGCGGGGCCAGCCCUUCUACGCACUGGACAAGAAGAGCUACUGCGAGAGCUGCUACAUAAGCACCCUCGAGCGCUGCUCCAAGUGCUCCAACCCCAUCCUGGACCGCAUCCUGCGCGCCAUGGGGAAGGCCUACCACCCGCGCUGCUUCACCUGCGUGGUCUGCAACUGCUGCCUGGACGGGGUGCCCUUCACCGUGGACGCCACCUCCCAGAUCCACUGCAUCGAUGACUUCCACAGGAAGUUUGCCCCGCGCUGCUCGGUGUGCGGGCAGCCAAUCAUGCCUGAGCCAGGACAGGAGGAGACGGUGAGGAUCGUCGCCCUGGACCGAAGUUUUCAUGUCAACUGUUACAAGUGUGAGGAAUGUGGUCUGCUCCUGUCCUCGGAGGGCGAGGGCCGAGGGUGCUACCCCCUGGACGGGCACAUCCUGUGUAAGGGCUGCAGCGCCCGCCGCAUCCAGGACCUCUCCGCCAAAAUCUCCACCGACUGCUGAGCCGCCAGGCCCGCUACCCACUGCCCAUUGCCCCGGCUACUGCCCCUCCCCCUGCCUCACUGUGCCCUAACCUCGCUCUUGUUGCCCAUCUGCCCUCUGCCAAUACAGUCCGACUGAACAAACGUCCAAAGCUGUAGAACCGUACCGGCUGGUGUGUGUGUGUGUGUGUGUUUGGGGGGGGGAUACGGGGCGGGAUACGUGUGAAAGUGAAAGUGAUUGAAACGUACUGUUCAGAAUUCCACCUCAAAAUUGAACACUAUAUAACAUUGACUCCUUUUUUUUGGUGAUGCUGUGUGUUGUUUUUGUGUUUUUGUUUUUUGUGUAAAUGUAAACUCUUGUUCUUUUGGUUUAGUUAAAUGCAGGUAAAAACAUAGAGAACUUGGAACUGAGACUUGGGUUGGCACCCAGUUCUACUCUAGUACCCGAACCACACUCAAGUGAUUGCUAUUCUAAGAUCCUGAGCUGCAGGCAGCAGGGGUAAACCCCCCCAGCCCCCCCCCAGCCCCCCCCCCAGCCCCCCUUCCCUUCUAUAUACAACCACUCACCUUUGCUGUAGAUCAGUAGUUCUGCUUUGGGACAGCCAUACCAUAGUAAACAAGCUUUGUAUGAUGAAACUACAUGCAUUGGUGUGUUGUUUUUUUUUUGCCGCACCUCAGCACAGUUAUCAGUUUGUUAUCUGUCCAGUAUGUUGUGAUGGGAGGGUGGUAGCGUGACGAGAGUGGUGCAAGAAGAAUGUCUGAAAGACCUAUGGCGGACAUUUUGUAUUCCUUAGUGCAGUGUACAGUAGCAAAGAGGUCUCGUUUUUUUUUUUUUUUCAUCUCUUCUUACAACAGGGAUAAUAUUGGUUGGAAGACUUUAUAAAUGAAGUCAGAAUUGCUGUGAAGUGAAGGAUUAAUGAGUUGGUAGGUAAGAUGUUUUUGACAGAAACAAGGUAGUUAUGACAACAAAGAUUAGACGGUAACACUUUGUGUUGCGUAGGUGUAACACACCAAUUAUCGAUUUAUCAGUAACUGUAUGUUGAUACCCUGCACUCUUUCAUGUGCCCCAACCUAUCCCCAGUCUUAACCUUGAGCCUCGCUACACGCUAUCAACAUGAUAUUUUUACUCCGUUUGUUACACAUUGUAUUACAGGGUACAUAUAGGGUGGUUACGAGGUAACAGGUUACAGUAGCUUAAUAUUAAAGUGUAACUGAAAAAAUGCCACUAAAAAAGGUUGGUGUUAUUGCUUUGGUCAUGGGUAGCUACGUAAGUCAUGGUUUGAUUCUGAGUGAGAGAGCUGCUAUUAACAGAGAUGACUGUAAUGCAAUAAUUUUUGAAUGCCUUUCGCAUGCAUCUGUAAAGUUACGUGUGGAUGAAGGGCUCUUGUGGUUGCUGUUUGGUUGGUGAGUUGUAGUUGUUGGCCGAGGAUGAGGUGUUAAUGUGUGAAAAAAUGCCGGUGUUAUGAAGUGGAGACCUGACGAGUCUAAUUUAUCAGUCAAAAAAAUAGCACAAGCCUAUUUUGGCCCACGAUAUCUUUUGACCGGCUGGGAUUCUUUUCAGACUUUUUGGGUGUUUAGACUUUUUGGUUUAGAUUGGCUCAUCGCAACGUGUGUGAGACUGUGUGUCAUCUUUAUGUGCAUUUGUUAACCACUAUUUGCAACUUCUAAAAUGAAUUCAUGGAACUGUUGAUGCAAAACAUAGGAACUUGUUAUUAUUAUUUUUUUUAAUUCUGUGCCAUUUUGUGUUCUUUUUUGUUUGUUUGUUUUCAUAAAAUGUUCCCAAUCCUUUUCAAAAGGAAAGAAAAACCUGUUUUCAUAACAAAAGAAACUUAAAGACCUUUUACAUCGAUUUGGACUAAAGUUGCACACUCAUUUUGUUAAUUUAUUGCAUUUCACUUAAAGUGUCAGUCUUGUUUUCAAUUAAGUCUGUUUAUUUAGUCAUCACUUAGGUCAAUAGUUUUCCCUCAGAAUAUCUGUAGGACAAUUUUGGUGUUUUUCAUUUUGUAUUUGUCAUUUUUGUUUGUCCUUGUGUGGUCUGUUUGGACUAAUAUCUCCUGUCAAUUUGCAUUGUUGCCAAGUAGUUAAACCAUUUUGCAAAGGUCCACCUUUGUAGAUGGCAGUUGAUGAACUCCUGAAUGGCCUGUAGCUGUGUGCUUUGGUGCAUGAGUUGAGUGAUUGAGUGGUUUAUUUUGAAUAUUGUGUACGCAAACAUCUGCUUUACUCUGUCAUUGAAUUGUAGUAUAUACUUCAUACAUAAACCCAUCAAUUUUCAAAGC